GUCGAGCAACGUUUGCUUUUUCGUUCAUUUAUCACGCGCAUAUGCUGAUAUGCUACCGACUCCAUAAUAUAUAAGAGAGACAGAGACGUGGACCGAUCAGUUUUCUCUUCCUCGCUUUCACGUCUUCUCCAACUCUAUUGCUCAUCCGAUCCCCAUUUCUAAAGAAUACCCAAUUCUUGAAUUUUAGUCUCGUUAUGGAAGAAGCUAAUGUUAUUGACGCUAAAGAUGGAACUAUUUCUGUUGCUUCUGCCUUUGCUGGUCACCAGGAAGCUGUUCAGGAUAGAGACCACAAAUUCUUGACAAAGGCAGUUGAAGAAGCCUACAGAGGAGUGGACAGUGGAAAUGGAGGUCCUUUCGGUGCAGUAGUUGUUUGCAAUGAUGAAGUUGUUGUAAGCUGUCACAAUAUGGUUUUGAAGCACACUGACCCUACAGCUCAUGCUGAGGUUACAGCAAUAAGAGAGGCAUGUAAAAAGCUAAACAAAAUUGAGCUCUCUGAAUGUGAGAUUUAUGCUUCGUGUGAGCCAUGUCCUAUGUGCUUUGGUGCUAUCCAUCUCUCAAGAAUUAAGAGGUUGGUAUAUGGAGCCAAAGCGGAAGCUGCCAUUGCCAUUGGAUUUGAUGAUUUUAUUGCAGAUGCACUGAGAGGUACUGGGUUUUAUCAGAAGUCUAACUUGGAGAUCAAAAGAGCCGAUGGUAAAGAGGCCAUCAUAGCAGAACAGGUGUUCGAGAAAACGAAAGCCAAAUUUCAAUUGUAUUAAGGAAAAUUUAUUCUCUUUUCCACUACGGGUUAAAUGGAACUGCAAGGGUGUAACACAAAUAAAGGAAAAUACGUGAUAUAUUUGUACGUUUCAUGGUCCACUAAAGUGUACACAAUUAGGUUCGUGUUAAAUUUGUUAACUUUGAUUGCA